CUGUCUCUCUCCGUCUAACCAUAACAGCGGUCCGUGUACACCGCGCAUCGCUCCCGUACAAUACACACGGCAGUGAGCAGUUAUCGCCGGCCCGCCGCCGUCAGGUUUAACCCCACGUGAUUUUGGCGCGCGACCGUCGAACCCGGCGCGAUCGCCCCGAAACGCGAAUAUUAAAAAUUUUUAUACAAUCGUUAUAAUAAUCGUACGCCAAACACACUAUAGUACCGAUCGUCCAAUAUUUAUUAGUGUUCGCACAGCGACACGACCUCGGUAACAAAUACAGAGGUAAUCGUCGUCGUCGUCGUCGUCGGUGGUGUUUUUUUUUUUUUUUCGUUUUUUCGGUUUUCCCCGUCGUCCGCGUAACCGUGCCGUUUGUCGUCCGUUCGCGUUCCGCGUUUUCAAGCGCGUUUGCCGGGUCCGCGCCGUGGACGAUUCGCUUGUUUAAUGUAUCCGUGGUAUCCGAGGGAUACGGCCGAAGUGCAGGUGUGCGCCACAGGACCGCAGUCGUCCGGCAGCCCGACGUCCGCCACGUCGCCGGCCAUCAAGAGCGAGAGCGGUUCGGCGUACGGCGACUGCAUGGAUUACGCACUACACGCAAAGAAGGCGGCUUUCCUGUGGCCGUCACCGGAGCAACAGGCACAGCAGCAGCAGCAGCAACAGCAGCAGCAGCAGCAACAGCAGCAACAACAGCAACAACAGCAGCAACAACAGCAGCUCCAACAACAGCAACAGCAGCAGCAAAAUAACCUGGCCGUGGCCGGUGGUCAGACUUUGGGCCCCGGCGCCGGUAGCCUGAACAACAACAACAACAACAGUAGCAGCAACAACAAUAACAACAACAACAACAACAACAAUAACAACAGCAGCAGCCACUUGAACGGCAACAAGUGUGGCGUCGGCGGUGUCGGGUCGGCCGUCCACCCGCAACACCUACAGCAGCAAGGUGGCGCGGCCACCGGGGCGGGCGGCACCGGACUGGUGCACUGGAUGUCCAUGAUGGCCGAGCACAUGAACAACGCCGCGGCCACACAUCACCAUCACCAUCACCCGCACCACCACCAUCACCCAGCCGAUCCGGCCAACGCCAUGCACUACAUGUGGAACACGCCGGCCGUAGACGUGCAAUGUGGUGGACAUGGCAAAGAAGUGGACUAUAGUUGGACUAGACAGACAGCCAUGAAACAAGGCUAUGAGGCGAAAAUGAACAACAACGAUCAUAUUCAACAACUUUCAAAAGGUGGUAUGGAGGAUGGUUCUGGUAUGUACCAACAGCACGGGGGUGGUACGCCGAGGUCGCAUAGUACAGCAAGCACGGCUAGCAGCAUUUCACCCACUGGUAACUCGGCGACGCCCAUGUUGAUUGUACCGCAUCCGAUAAAUGCCACCAAAAUCACGGACGCACAUCACGUGGUCACGCAUCAAAAUGGUGGUGGCCGAAAAUAUACAUGCAAAAUGUGCCCAUCGGGUCGCGGUAGGAAGCGGGGCGUGAACAAAGGUAGAGACGGUCUCGGAUGGUCGAGUGUGGACCACGGAAACCCAGAGCAGAUAUUCGCAUCCAAGUCGGAAUUGCAAUUGCACUCGCAGCUGCACGUCAAAGACGUAAAACCGUACAAAUGCCAUCAGUGCAACAAGACGUUCGCCAACAGCUCGUACCUGAGCCAGCACACGCGCAUUCAUCUGGGCAUCAAACCGUACCGGUGCGACAUCUGCCAGCGGAGGUUCACGCAACUCAGCCACCUGCAGCAGCACAUACGCACGCACACCGGCGACAAGCCGUACAAGUGCAGGCACCCGGGCUGCACCAAAGCGUUCUCGCAGCUCAGCAACCUGCAGUCGCACUCCCGGUGUCACCAAACGGACAAACCGUUCAAGUGCAACUCGUGCUACAAGUGCUUCCAGGACGAGCAGUCGCUGCUCGAGCACAUACCCAAGCACAAGGAAUCCAAACACCUGAAGACGCACAUAUGCCAGUACUGCGGCAAGUCGUACACGCAGGAGACGUACCUGUCCAAGCACAUGCAGAAACACGCCGAGCGGAUGGACAAGCGGCCGCCGAUCAUCGGCAUACCGCGCGUGGCCCUGGAGAACGGCGCGUACUGGGGCAAGAUGUCGCCGGACACGGCUAACAACCUGGUGGAAGCCAUCAACCAGCAACAGCAACAGCAAGAGUGCAUGCAGGGAGGAGGCGGCGGCGGCGGUGGUUCCAACGGCGGCGGCGGUGGCGGCGUCGCUACCGCCGGCGACUUGAACGCCGGUGGACCGUCCAGCACCGCGGGGUCCGUAACCGCGGACGACCAGCCGUCCAACAGGCACGGCUCCCACCUACCCACAGCGCCAUCCGAGUACCUGUCGGACGCGUCGUCCGUGCCCAAGACCAGCACGUCCGCGUUCACGCCCAUCCAGUCUUUCGGGCUGCCCACGCACCCGCCGCCGCCACCGCCGUCGCACCACCCGCACCACCCGCACCACCAGCAGCACCACCAGCAGACCAUGUACAUGCCGUACAACCACUUGUCGUUCCCGGGCGCCAAGCAGCUGGGCGCGCACGGCCACCAACUGUCGCCGAUGGCCGGGCCCAUGGACAUGAAGCCACCGUCCGUCGGGUCCGUGCCCAACGGGUUCCCGAAUCAGCUGAUCUCGCUGCACCACAUACGCAACUACUCGCACCAGCCGAGUCCUUCGUCCAUCAUGUCCGAACACCUGUUGCACGGCAUGAAGGACAAAGUGCAGUAGUAGCGGACACGCCGACCUCCGCCGCCGCCGCCGCCGCCGCCGCCGUGCAACCGCGUUUUCUCGUCACGAUAAUCAAUAUAAUAACAUACAUCAUGCGCUCGCGUUUAUCGUGUGACGCGCGCGUCCUGCUGCACGUUGGAGGCACGCCACCCCCACGACUCGCCGCGCGAGUCUUCCGCACAGCGUGUCGUUACGACAUCUGUAUUUAAUGUGUACAGUGUAAUAUUAUGCAUAAUGUCAUAUAAUGAAAUAAUUGUCGUACGUGCGUGUAUUGGCACGCGGAAAACCGUAUUAAUUAUAAUAUUUAUAUAUAUGUAACGCCCGCGCAAGGUAUUCCUCGUCAUAUUAUAUUAUUAUAUAUUAAUAUCGUCGUCGUCGUCGUCGUCGUCGUCGUCGUCGUGUCGUCUGUGUCGCGUGUCGUCGUCUGUUAGAUAUGUCUAUAUCGUAUACGCACGUAUGCGUAUUGUAUACCGGGUAUGGUAUAAACCGACCGUUGGGUAAUAUCGUAUGUCUGCGUAUAUUGUAUUUACCUACCUUGCAGAGCACGACGCAAGCCAACUGUGAUGACGCACACGGCAGUGCAGCGAAUGCUGUCGAGACGACCACUAAAAUUUUCUCGCCAAUUUACGUCGUUUAAAAUCAUUAUUAUUAUUAUUAUUAUUAUUAUUAUUUGUAUUAUUAUAAUUAUUAUUAUUAUUAUUAUUAU